CGUUCAAGCAAAACAUCAUCAUGAACCAUCAAGAGCGACUGGAUUGACAGCUACGUUCGGACGUUUGUAAACACCCGGCGAGGGCAGGAAGUGACCCGGGCGUUUCCUUGUGCGCUUGACUCCGCCCACUCCUCCAUGUUCUUCUCCAGAACUUUGCAGCGGCUUCGUGCUCUUUGCUCGUGGAUCCUCCGGCGGAUGAGAUGUUCUUCAGAGGUGGAAAGAUUCAUAAGUGACGAUCAUCUGCUGCCGAGUUUCCACCACAUAUUCCUCUGCUGUGAAGGAAGAGGAUCCUGCUGCAGAUGGAGACCCGCAGAGCAGGUGUCCAGCAGCUGCUGGUGAUGAAAGAAGAAGAAGAAGAUGCUACUGAGCAGCAGGAGUGCAGCUCCAGUCUGGAUCAGGAGGGACAAGAACCUCCUCUCAUUAAAGAAGAACCAGAAGAAGAAGAUCUCGACCAAAUCAAAGAAGAGGCCACCCAGUUCUCCCUCACUCCUGUCCAGGUGAAGAGUGAAGAUGAUGGAGCAACCAGCAGCUGGACUCAACACAUGAAGACAGAAGCUGAUGGAGACACCUGUGGAGGAGCAGAAGCAGCCAGUGACUUGGAUACACCUCUGCUCCCUGACCACCAGAGGUCGCCUUGUUCUGACUCUGACACGGAUGACAGUGAGGACUGGAGAGAGGGUUCAGAGUAUUCGGAGAAUCCAAAGGUUCAAGUCCUUGGAAAGAAGGAUGAUGAGGAAUCACUGACCUGCUCUGGAUGUGGGAGGAAAUGUUCCUCAAAGUCUGGGCUGACUCUACACUUGAAAUCCUGCUGUGGACCCCUGACUUGUUCUGUUUGUGGAAAAUGUUUUUUGAGGAAAUGUUUUCUGAAUCUUCACAUGAGAAUUCACACUGGAGAAACACCUUUCAGAUGCUCUCACUGUGGUAAAUGUUUUUCACUGAGAGGAAACCUUAAGACUCACAUGAGAUGUCACUCUGGAGAAAAGCCUUUCAGAUGCUCUCACUGUGGCAAACGCUUUUCUCAGAACGGGAGUCUGAGGAUUCACCUGACAAUUCAUACUGGAGAAAAUCCUUUCAAAUGCUCCCAGUGUGGUAAAUGCUUUCCUCUGAGCCAUCACCUGAAGAUACACAUGAGAAGUCACACUGGAGAAAAACUUUUCAUAUGCUCUCAUUGUGGUAAAGGUUUUGCAAUCAAACACAACCUGAAGACACACAUGAGGAGGCACACUGGAGAAAAACCUUACAUAUGCUCGCAGUGUGGUAGAGGUUUCGCACUAAACAGUUCCCUGAAGAUACAUAUGAGAAGCCACACUGGAGAAAAACCUUUCAGAUGCUCUCACUGUGAUAAAUGUUUCUCUCAGAACAAGAAGCUUAGUACGCACCUGAGACUUCAUACUGGAGAAAAUCCUUUCCGAUGCUCUCAGUGCGGUAAAGGUUAUACACUGAAAUACUCACUGACCAGACACAUGAGAAGUCACACUGCAGUCUAACCUUUGUGCUGCCCUCACAGAGGCAGAACUGAUGGGCUCGCUUGUGAUUUGAUAGUGGAGAAAAAACGUUUGUCUGCUCUCAAUCACCAGUCGCAGUUUAGAGAUAUUCCAAGAUAUUCCAGUUUAGAAUUACAGGAAGAACUUUAAAUGAUUUUUACAAUGAUGUUUAAUUCGUGUCUGUAACUGCAUUUUGUUGAUAUAAGAGCUGAAAGGUGGUUAAGUGAAAAGGGUUUCCUGGAAGUGAGCUGAAUUUUCCUGUUUUGGGUUUCAUGAAGCAGGAUCCGCGUACCUCCAUGUCAGUUACCGGGGCCAUGACCUGCGACCGCGAGCUGCAGCAGAACCCUGAGUUCCUCUGUUGAAGCUGUCACGGCCCGGCUCUGUUUGGGGUUAUUGACCGUGAUCAGUUCUGCCGGGUCUCCUUGGUCUCCCCCACCAAUCGGCAGCAGCCACCUCCUGAUUUGACAAGUGUUAAAGCCCCAAAUCCAGAUCCAAUCUGGACGGCUCUUUACUAUAAGAGACACUUUUGAUUUGUAUAUAUUUUUUGUGUGUGUGUUGGUCAAAAUGUAUGUUGUUAUUCGAUAUCUGUGAUUAUUUGUUUUUGUUUUAUUGUGUAAAAAUUUU